UCAUAGUUCCUACGUUGUAUUGUAUUUUUACGUCAUAAUUGUAUUUUUGUAAACUAUAAAUAUUAUUAGUACUGCUCUGGGUGACAUUUCAAUGAGUAUAUGUUUAAUGUACCCAACUUCCGUCACUUAAUAAAUUUAGCCACGUUUAGCAAGUAAUCGCAGAAACAUGUUGAAUCAAAAUCAUCCAAUUUUGAAUACUAUAGACACAUAUAUUGAACCUGUUUUGAAGCGCGUUCUGCAAUUUCAGAAGUUUGGCGUAUGUUGCGGUAAAGUAGAAUUGAAUUUAAUAAUGUCCAGCUGUGGAAAGUCGAAAGGUGACCGUUUCAAUCUGUCAAUACCCUACGCUGGUCAGACACUUUCUUGGAACGUUCUGUUUGACUCUCAGUAUCCUGAGUUAGGCCCAGAUUUUUCAUUUGGCGACGAGUUGUUCUUAUUGGACCCAGAUGUAGACAUUUUAGCCACAGAUGUACCUAGUCUUGUCAAAUGGGACCCCAUGGAUCCCGAUUCGCUUUUGACUGUCAUUAUUGAACUCGUCCUAACUUAUAAAAAAUAUCAGAUAGACCAACUUGCUAAACAUGGUCAGCGUCUUCAAUUGGAGUAUUACAAGCUUAUCAAUGAAACCGAAGUAUGUACGGAAGAUGUGGAAGUGAUAUUGCUACCGUCGACCAUUAAACCUAAGGAAGCGAGGUUUCUCAUUCGAAUGGCAAUGGAUUUUUCUAAAUUACCAGCUCGGAGCAGUCGGCCACACAACGAUGCAGCAAUGUUACUCGUUACUUUCAUCGGACCCGAAUGGACUCGUAAAAUUCCGCAAUUAUUUCUUUCUAAAAGUUUGGAGGAAGCAUUUGGUGGAUCGACUGCUCUUCACAUCCCACCUUUCCCACCUGAAAAGUAUUUGAUGAGUUAUGUUCUCGAAGUAAAAAAAUUCAUGAAAGAGAAGAUAAACUUUUUGGCGCUGUGUUGUGACAGAAAAAAGAGUUUUAUUUCAUCGUUACUACUCCUACAGCAUGGAAGUGUAAUAGAGUACGAUGCGAUCGAGUUCACUCAGAUCUCGAUUCUUAUGGAACAUCGUGACUUCUACUUCAUGAUUCAUUUCCACCUUCCUGCGAGGUUUCCGAAAGAACAGCCACAGAUCACAUUGCAGUCUAUAUACCACAUGACGUCACAAGGAAAGUUGUACAGUGAAUUAGUGGAAGACGUUCCAUACAGUCCUCGAUGGGAACCCAUUCAGAUGGUGACGAGAGCACUCUCACACAUAAUCGACAACGAGGUUCAAAAGUUUCAAGCAAACUCUGUCCGAAACAGUCACUUCUAAUUUCUUGCUCUGUGAUAUCUACGGCUUGUUACACAUGGCGUAUA